GAAAUGCAGUUUCCAAUUAUGAUCUAUAGAGGUACACUUGAAAUUUUUUUGAUGGAAAUGCACGUGAUAAAAGGUGCUUUAAAUUGCGUUCGUUACAACUGAUGUAGGUAUCUCGAGGAGGUAUAAGUAAAUUCUCACUUUAUCUCUUUGUGUAUUAUGUACCUAUCCGAUGAUACAUUAUCUUGUCGUGUAUAAUUAGUAGAAGCUGUAAUUGAGAAAUGUGGCACGAGUUUAUGGAAUACAAGUGCAGCUUCGCUCAUUGCGAGGGUCGGUACAAAGCGUUAGUUGCGAACGAGCGAUCUAAGUGGCGUAUUACCAAAUUACCAAAGUGAAUUACGUUACGGCCAAAGAGUUAUGACAGUGCAACACUUCGUCUUAAAUUUGCUUUCAAGAUGGGCUCAUUAGUGUCUGAAGUCAUAGAGAACGAUGAUAAUUUUAGCUUUGCCAGUAACACAUCUGUUUCGGAUUUCUUGAAAAACCUAAGAGGAAACAAGCAGUUGCCUUUGGAAGUGGCUAUACCUUUAACUUUGGCUAACGUGAUAAUAUUCGUGACUGGGUUGGUGGGUAAUAUAAGCGUGUGUGUUGUGAUUACUCGCCAUCCGGCCCUUCACACUGCGACCAACUACUACUUAUUCAAUUUAGCGGUCUCUGAUUUAACGCUACUAAUUUUUGGUCUUCCAAAUGACGUGACGUUAUACUGGCACCAAUAUCCUUGGAUAUUCGGGGAAAGCUUUUGCAAAAUCAGAGCGUUAAUGUCAGAAAUGGCGACGUACGUUUCAGUACUAACAAUAGUGGCAUUUUCAACGGAAAGGUACUUGGCGAUAUGCUACCCAUUAUAUUUGCACACGAUGUCCGGGUUCCAACGAGCGCUUUGGAUUAUUGGAUGCCUAUGGAUCGUCGCAUUGAUCAGCGCAAUUCCAUUCUCGAUCUACUCCACUGUUGACUAUCUAACUUAUCCACCCGACAGUGACAAUAUUCUGGAGGAAUCGGCGUUUUGUGCCAUAAUGGCCCAACCGACAAAUCUACCCCUGGGAGAAAUAAGUUUUAUUUUAUUCUUUCUUGUGCCAAUGGGAAUAAUUGGUGUACAAUACACGCGGAUGGCUUUAAAAAUUUCAAAUCAGACACGAAUCAUCGGAAAAUCUCUACACGGAUCCGUUCAUCGUGGCAGUUGCAGAAGGCACCAAUCUAACGCAUCUAUAAUACGGAUGUUAUUUGCAGUCGUGAUCGGUUUCUUUUUAUGCUGGGCCCCAUUCCACGCGCAGCGAUUACUGUUUCUCUACGGUCGAAAUUUAUCCUUUUAUUACGAAUUAAACGCGUGGAUGUUUUAUAUAACGGGUAUUUUCUACUACUUUUCGUGCACAUUAAACCCCAUUUUAUACAACCUUAUGUCGAAUCGAUACAGAUCCGCUUUUAAGGAAAUCUUGUGCGGAUUAAAAAGAAACCACGUAUUGCUCAGGAGCUCGACGUUACGCGAAACGAGACGUCCGUCGAAAAAUAGAAAUCGCUCCGACAACUUCGAGCAACAAUGCAAAGCGCUCAACACGGUAAUUGAUGAAGUUACCGAAGAAUGUAAUUUUCAAAUCGCACACUUUGGUCCGAUAAACAAAAUGAUCUCGAACACAACUUUUUGCAAGCCCAUGCCAGUAGAAGGUGAUGUGGUAUAGCAAGUAACACUCAUACGUUAAUGUUCUAAUAUUAGGUACCGUCAGAUGAUUUGUAUAUAAGUAAUAAAAAAAUUUAAAGAUAAA